AUGGAUUUUGCCACGGGUGGUGCGUCAGCCUACCUUCAGGGGCCUAUAUCUCCCGAUUCGUGGAAACGUGCCGUGUACCGAAGUGCUCCUCAGUAUUUCUACGUUGGAGUACUUACCCCGGAAAAGCAUGGCGGCAGCUAUAGCUACGGCCUCCGCAUUUCUCCCAUAAAGGACGAUAAUGCAUCCAUCUCUGCUCAUUCCACUUCUUCGAAAGGCUCCCAUUUGGAGUAUGAAAUCUGGAGAAAAUGGGAGGACUGCCUCUGGUUUCAAGACACCCUUGAGGCUGAAUAUACUCUCAUGGCAAGAGAGAAGCGUACGCGACUGGCCGCAGGCAAAGGAGUGAAAAAGGACGGGAUGUACAUCCAGAGUGACCAGGCAGCUUCUUUCGAUUCACUUCCUCCGGGCCCCGAUCCCCACUCCGUCGCCCGUGAUAUUCACGAAUACAUCCCGAAGCUCACCAAGAAGGGAACCUUAUUCCGCGCGAGCCAAGCUACCAUUGACCAACGGUUCACCGAGUUUCGUACCAUGAUAAAUGCGUUUUUUCAGGAGGGCCUCCCGACGCUCUUGAAAGAGCUGAUGGCCACGCGAACCUUCACUGAUUUCUUCGGCUAUUGGAGACGCGAUCAUGAUCUCGCUAUCAAAACACAGAGGGCUCAGACCUCUCCCGCAAAACCCCGCCGCUCUGUGUCUAGCAGCAUGCUUUCUGCUUAUUUUCACCCACCCUCUCCGGCACUGUCAGACGCCAUGCCCUCUUCCACGUCUGUGAACGGCUCGCACAAGCAGCUUCCUAGACGAGGCUCAGGUACUUCGGAUUCAUUGUCAUCAGAUAAUUCCCUGAAAGACCAGCGAACUGCCCGGCCACGAGUGAAUGGUCACCCUGCUAGCUUAACGAUAUCCCUGCAGUCGCGUGACUCAAAAUCCACCCUAUCUUCAUCAUCUUCCUCUUCGAACUCUCCAUCUCCCAUCACGCCGCGUCGAUCUUCUACCCGCACGCCGGUGGUUGUAACGCAUGAAUCUCCUAUCAAAUUUGGACAUAACCCGCAGCAUACACCUGCCGGAGGCGCGUCUGAGCGUCGAACGUUAAUGCUCCAAGUCCUCCCAGAGGACCAGGAGGUUGAGAUCAACAAGGUCGUAUCUGCGGAUUACUCGCCGACCCGAAGGCGCGAGACAAAUAGGAGCGCUAGGGUUUUUGGCCCCCCUUCACAGAGUUCUUCCGACUUAUCUGAUGAUGGCGAAGUUUCUUCGGAUGCAGCGUCCCGUGCUAGGUGCUCCUGGUUGUCAACUGCCUCUGUUUCUCCCACUCGUGCUGCAGCCUACCUCGAGGAGCUCGGUGUUGAAUUCACACUUCCACACCCACACCCAGAACAUGCGCAUCGCCCGCGUGCUUCGAUGUGUAGUAUGGUAUCAUACAGGAGUGAUGCCUCUGCUGAUGCAAUCAUUCCUCGAUCUGCCCGUGCUCAGUCUCCACCCUCUGCAGGAACUCGUCAAUACCGUCACUCCGUGCCUUUCCCGGACGAAGAGGAGUGGGCGGAACGGGAACCUUGGGCUGAUGAAUCGGCUUACGGAGAGGACGAUCUCCUUGAUGCAUAUUUCUAUGAUGCGAUACCACCGUCGUCAGUGGGCAGUUCCCCAACACCCACCGAAGAUAGCCACUUCUCCUCUCAUCAGCGUGGCUCAUACCCAACAUCUGCAUACGCCCCGCGACGCUCAUCUAUGACUACAUCCGUAUCCAGCGGAUCGACAGGGUGCAGUGAUGGUUCAGCCAUCGCCAUCAAAGCAUUACACGACAACAACAUCAUCAUGCUCCGUGUUCCGCGGUCCCUAUCCUUCACUGAGGUUCGUCAACGACUGUACGACAAAUUUGUACGGCAGGAAGGCGUGCCACUUUCAGAGAGCUUUGCCGUGGCCAUCCUCGUUCCCGCUCCAGCCAAAGGGACACCUGGAGGCCGUCCUUACGCAGCCUCGUUCUCGUCUAUGAGCGCGGCUGGUAAAGAUGAUGUUGUUCUGCACUUCGUGAAGUCCAACGAUGACUGGGACCAAGCGAUAUACAAGUACGGAAACAAGGUCCUCCUGCGUGUUAUUGGCAGCCGCACCUAG